UUCUCCAUCUUUCUGUUGAUCCGACACGAGUGACUUGCUCCCCUGUACUCCGCUCGUACCUUCGCGUAUGGUUGUCUGCACCCCCAGCUAGGACUUUUUAAAGAAAAAAGGGCAGUGAGCUAGGUGCUUGCAUUGCUACUUUUCUCGAUCCUUGCGCCGCAUCCGCCAAUUCAUCCAUCCGUCCAUCCCUUCUUCAGCCCAACUGAGCAACGAACAACGAACGGAAACCUUCCCUCCACCUACCGACGUCAAAACUCAAUCCUCGCCGACAAACACUUCGCCUGCAUUCGCAACACCACAGAUCGUGAAGAAAACAUGGUAGGAUCCGACGUGGAUCACAAGUACCUUGGCAAGUUCGCGAAGUCGACGUAUCCUCUCAAUCCAGCGCUCUCGGCCGGCCUCUACAGGCUCCUCGGCCUGUCGACGCUGCUGUCGCGGAAACUGCUGCGCGCCCGCAAACAACGCAAGCUCGAUCCCACGCGCGCCACCAGGUCGUUCGAUCUCUACCGACACAUAAUAUGGAUGGCGCGGGAGGGCCUCACGAUGCUGCAGAACGACGUGCUGCCGGAGCUGGCACACUACAGGGGCGCGCGCUACUCAUUCCUGAACGAGCUUCAGGUUCUCGCGCUCAAGAUGAACGCCUCGUUCUUGCACAUCUUUGUGCUGUUCGAUCACACCUACCAGACGCAAACGGCGAUGACCCCCGAGCUCUCGCCAAAGGCGCCCGUCAAUCCGAGGAGCAUGAGCGGCUACAUCGUCCCCACCACCACCGCCGCGCUCUCGGCAUACGCGUACAUGGCGCCCACGAUCGACGCCUUCAAUCGCGCCGACAUCACCGCGAACCGGCUACUACCCAGCUCGCACCCGCUGCGGCUUAGCGUCAAGCUCGAGUUCUCGGCGUUCACGUACGAUUGCACGCGCGACUACGAGACCAGUCGGAUGAUCGCCAAGAAAGCGGUCGAAGAAGCGUUUUCGAGCAUGGAUCCUAUGGACGACGAGAGUUUUGAGGACGCGAUGGAAAUGGUCGGCGCCUUGGGUGCGAUGGCGAAACGGGGGUUACCGGCAACGCCGAGUCCCCAGCCACCGUCGCAACUACCACCACCUCCACCACAGCAACAACCACAGUCGCAGCCGCAGAGACAGAAAUCGGUCAACCACCAUCACAGCCAUUCCGCGUCUUCGUCGACACCGCAGCGAACAAAGACCGUCAAUCACGGCCACUCGUCUUCAUCCUCCUCCAACCAGGUACCGCAACGGACGAAGACGGUCAGCCGCGGACAGACGAACGGGAAUGCGAAUGGAAUCGCGAAUGGGAAUGGGGUCCCGAAUGGGAGCGCGAAUGGGAAUGGAUCGGCAAAUGGGAGCGCAAAGUUGAAUGGCUAUGCGAAUGGGUAUGCCAAUGGACACGCGAACGGACAUGCGAACGGACACGCGAAUGGGCAACCGAAUGGGCAAACGAAUGGCCACGCAUACGUCAAUGGGUAUGCCCCGAAUGGGCGCGCUAGAUAGGAUCACCCACGAUUACGACAAUGACGUAGGAGCACGCGACCACGAACUGGAGGGUUUGUAAGAGGGGGCAGUGGGGGGAGAGAGAGAGCACAACAUUGAGGAGAGGUUAUGCAUCCGUGUCGACGAUUUACCGCCC